GGACAACCAGACACCUAACACUCACACUCAGACACACACUUACAACCAGAGAUUUGUGCAGGACUGUCAUACACAAAACACUCUUCCCGGGAUAUGAACCCUCUCAGCCUCACCUGUCUCCUGUGCUUAGUAAUCUGCUGUUAUCUGGGUGCUCAGGGAUCUGAGGCCACUGGCUACUCCAGUGAACUAGCCGGAGUAACUGGGGGUCCGGCCUCCGGGGAGGGCCUCCAGAGUUUGCUGAGCGACGAUGACGAGCUGGAAAUAGAUGAACUUUCAGGAGGGGACAAUGAAAAUGUCAGCCUUCAUGAGUUACAUCCCAGUAAAGAUGAGAGGAAGAAAAGGAAAGGCAAGGGCAAGAGGAGGAGCAAGCACAAGAGCAAAAGCACGACUCCUUUCAACCCCGAGCACAUGGUCUUCACCAACGAAUACAUGUCGACUCUCAGCACCACAGAGGAUCCCUGUACCUCCACCCACCUGGGCUACUGUAUUCAUGGUUACUGCAAGCACAUAGAGGGCCUGCAGGAGCCAGUGUGCAUAUGUAUGAAGGGUUAUGACGGGGAGCGCUGUGGGAUCCAAACUCUUGGGACGAGUAAAAACCAGUCCAGUGAGAGCCAUGAUACUGAGUUGGUGCAGACGGUCUUAGUAAUCAUUGCUGUGGUCCUGUCAGUCAUCAGCUGCACCGCCAUCCUGCUCAUGACCUGUGCUCAUUACAGGUCACAUAAAAACUACCUGGCAUCCUACCUGGGAACUGGGACAGAGCAGGAGAAGUUACAGAAACCUGUCGGUGACAUUGUGGUGUGAAGGCGUCAAGUUAUGACGAGGCAGCUGCACGAUUCCAAGACGAAACAGACCAGAGGAGUCUGAGGAUCUGACAAAGAAGUAGAAUUGAUAGACUGCUUCUUUAGAUGCUG